AUGGCCGACUCUCCGAGUGCAGGUAUCAUUUCCGCGGGCUUUUCAGCCUCGACAGGACUGCGCAUUCAGAGUCCUUUUGCGGCACAGCAAGUACCUGAACCAGAGCAGGCACCCAAACCAGAGCAAUUAGUACUCGAAAGCCUGACACAUCAUGGACGGAUAGAUCAAGCUUUCAAAUGGGCUGGCAACAUAGUGUCUGGUGGCUUUUCUGCAGUUGGUGCCGACCGCUCUCAAGGGCACGAGCCGUUCGUCGCGGGGGCUACCGCUGAGACUGCAGGUCUUGGAGCGAGCUCAACCACUGGUACCCCCAGUAUCAUCAAACUUAACAUGAAGGAUCUCUUCAGCAUGACGUCCAUGAUGUACACGCCACCCGUAGAAGAGAAAGAUGAGCGGUCCAUUUCAGUGCGAAUCCACAUGCUGAAAAAGAACAGAUAUGUCACAUUAGACGUGGGCACCAGCUCAACCAUCGCGGAGUUGAGAAGGCAAGCAGCUAGUCAGCUCGACCUAUCCCACCGGAGGCUGAUGCUCAUCUUCAACGGCAGCCAACUUGAAGACCACGAGGAGAUCAAAUCCCUGGGAAUGUCACAUGGGUGUACCAUAUUUUGCAUGGAAUGCAUCCCAGGCGGACAGAUGGGCAUUUUCCAACUCGACCCAUCUGAUCUGGACCCAGGGUACGACUUUGACUUUACAAAUCAAUCCAGUGACGGGAAGACGUACUGGCGAGGUGGCCAUAAAUACCGGCGACCGUACGGAUGGAAACGGUACGCGGUCAAAGUUCACGGCGAGUAUGACAACGACACUUGGCUGGGGGAGAAUGGCAUUCGUACGGAAUCGAGUCCUGGUGAGUGGGCAGUGAGCUACCACGGCACGGCAAAACGUAACGUCAAACCAAUACUGGAAGACGGCUACAAAAUCGGCCACAGAAAGCUCUUCGGACCGGCAGUUUACACCAGCCCGAACCUGGAGAAGAUCGAUGAGUAUGGCUACACGAAAGAAUUCACCAAAGAUGGCAAGAGAUACAAAUUUGCCCUGCAGAAUCGAGUGAAUCCAAACCACCUGACAGUGAUCAAACCAGACGAGACCGGCUAUGCCGACUUCCCUUACUGGUUAUCCCCCAUGCAAGAUCCUAAACGAGGUAUAUUUCAUGUCAGACCAUACGGUAUACUUACACGAGAAUUGUAG